AUGAUAAACAUUAAAUAUUCAAAAUUACUGUCACUAGUAAUUUUGGUAUCAUCUAUUAUUUCAUAUACUUCAGCUGCAAGUUCAAUUAUUGUAGUUUGGAAUUCAGGAAGAGUACCACAAGUUGUCCAAGCUCAAGUAGGAGAUACUAUUCAUUUCUACACUUAUGAUGGCAAGUCACACACUGUUGAGAGUGCUGAUGGAUCCAUCAAGUCACCAACCAUCUCUGGUAGUGUUGAUAGUCCGGGCGUCUACUCGAUCACCCUUGACAAGGUCACUACCCUUCAAGUGGCUAGUGCCGGUGAAGACCUCAGCGCAUCUAUUCAGGUCGCUGGUCAAACCGACCCACCAUCGAGUGUAACAUCUGGAUCCAGUACCUCUACUUCAUCCAGUACCACCUCAACUGCCUCCUCUACUUCCACGUCCUCUAGCACCUCAACAACAAAUAUUUCCAGUGGCUCUUCCACGAGUGCCGGGAGUUCAGAACCUACUACUGGCGCUAGUUCUGCAUCCACUUCUACUUCUGGCACUUCGUCAGUAAGUACUGGAUCAUCAACCACUGGUGGUAGCAGUUCAUCUACAUCGACCUCCACCUCGACUACUACUGGUGGAACUGGAUCGUCUGAAGAAACUACCACUACCACCACUGGCUCAUCGUCAUCAACCACUGGUUCUUCAUCAAGUGAAGAUGAUGACUGUAUCCCAUCCACCACCACCUCUGACUCGUCCACAUCAACUGGUGGAUCAUCUACAUCUACCUCUGGUUCAACUUCAACAUCUGGAUCAACUUCCUCUUCAUCAUCAUCAACAUCAACUGGUGGAACAGGAGGAGGAGACAAUUGUGCAGUCAAGACAACCCAAACACUUUCCAACUCUUGGAAGGCUGAUGGAGUCAAUCACUACCAAUACGUUGUGUCUGUUUUGAACCAAGCUGAUUUGCCAUUGACCGAUACCUUGCACAUUAUCAUUGCCAACCCAGACAAGUUACUCAACACUUGGGAGAUUACCAAGAUGCAAGAUGGAGUAUACACAUUGCCAUCAUGGCGUGGAGUGUCACCCGUCCUCAAGGGUGAGUCCCACAACUUUGGAUACAUUACCACUUCACCCACUGCCAAUACCAUUUCAAUCGAUGGUUGUGCCACUGUCCCCGAAUCAUCGUCUGGCAGCUCUGCAGGUGGAACUUCUGGUGCCUCCAACAUUGAAGGAUCCUCUGGUUCCGCCGGUGGAUGCCAUGCUACCCUUUCACAAGCCAUUGUCAACUCAUGGACCAAUGAUGGUAAGAACUAUGUCCAAGUACAAGCCACCGUUGAAAAUACUGGUACCAAGGACCUCAAGAACUUCAAGGCCACGCUUCCAUCUGACCAACUCUCCCAAAUCUGGCAAAUGGACAAGGAUGGCACAGACCAAUACCAAUUACCAUCCUACCAAGACAAGAUCGCUCCCGGUCAAUCCUAUGGAUUCGGUUACAUUGCUCUCUCUAGCACCAACACUGCUCUUGAAGCAUCCAAUGUUGUUUAUUCUUGUUAA